CUUACUCUCCACAUGCUACACUGCUGCCCUGUACAGUGGUUAACGACUCGUGUAUUCUGAGCGUGCAGCAAAACCUGGUAUCCCUUCGGGCCUGCACCAAAUGCAGCUCCUGCGUAUGUGCUCGGCGUUCCUAAGCAUCCUACUCUGUAUUACGGCUGGUGUAACCUCAACAAAUCCUAAACAAGCUGAUGUUCCCAGCGAAUUGAUCACUGUCGUAUUUCGACAUGGCGCCAGAGCUCCUCUGGGGACCUUUCCAAGGGAUCCAAAUAUAAAUCACACUUGGCUAUAUGGUUUCGGCCAAUUAACCAAGGAAGGAAGGCAAGCUAUGUACAAGUUAGGGAAGCAGCUUCGGAAGAGAUAUAACGCAAGCUUGUCUUUUGACACACGUGAAGUAUGGGCUCGAAGCAGUCCAGAACCAAGGUGCUUUGACAGCGUGGCAUUGCUGCUGUACGGUAUGUACCCCGUUGAAGAAGAAUACCAAAUAUGGAAAGCGGGACGAGACUGGCAACCAGUGCCCAUCAUGAGUCUACCCAAGCAUAAUGACAAGUACACGUUUUAUUGCCCGAAAAUGAUUACAGCGAUGCUGAAAGCGCUGAUGUCAACGGGAAGUAGUGAAGGAAAAGUUAAUCCUGUACAGCGUGUGGCACAACUGACUGGCAUUUUACCGAACGAAUCCAGAAAGCUUUUAGAUGCCGUGGAUGCUUUUCUGGUACAGGACGAAAAUAAACUUCGCCUACCUGAUUCGCUAAGGGAUCGUUUACCAAGACUGAGAGAAUUGAAUCACAAGCUUUAUCUUAUGCUUGGCACUGCACUCUCGCCAAUAAUGGGAGGUGAAGUCUUGAGAGACAUCGCUGGUAAGGUACAGAGCUUCUUCAAUCCAGACACGACAAAAAAAACUUCCGACAUGGAGGGAUUUGCUCCAUUGAAUAUCCCUGCAAGCGACAUCAAGCGGAGGAAGCUCUACCUAUAUUCUUAUCAUGAUCUGAAUGUAAUCGCUGUCAUGCUUAGCCUGAACAAUAGCACUUUAAAGGAACGACCUCCUUACGGCUCUGCAGUUCUCUUCGAGGUUAAAAAGUCGACUGGUGAAGAACCGGUAAUUGAGGUGCUCUACAGAAGGGAUAACAAAACCCUAACUCCGGUUCCUAUAAGUGGUUGCCCAUCUCCAUGCAAAAUCUCCGAAUUUAAAAGCUUUGUAGAUGAAACUUUUAAGCCUGUAACUGCUGAAGACUGUGGAGUAAGCGAGGACAAGUUUGUGGUGCUCUGAUAUUUUGUCUCCGCGAUCAUAUAUCCGGCUCGGAGAUUUACCCAGGCAGAUAUGCAAGUUCUGUAUGACAUAUGCAGUAAUAAAAAUGUGAAGGAAUUAGA